UCCCUCCGUGCCUGUGUAAUGAAGCACAUGCGCACUGAAUUAAUCACAGCCAUUUUUUUGCAGGAAACUAAUUAGCAGGAAUAAAGAUCCAAAGAGUUUUUUUCUUUUCAAUCAUCAGAUCUCACUUUCACCUCUUCCUCGCUCCCUCUAACACAAGACUCAUCGCCUGCUUUGCAUCCGAAUUAUUUUGUAUAUUGCCUUUACAACUAAUAGCCGACUGCUCCGUUUUUACACUCGGCGACAACAAUGAUCUUUCUUUUGCCAUCCUAAGCGCAAACUGACCAAAAAAGGGGGACUGUCUCCAUGGGAUCUUUAGCUAAAUCGACUCAAUACUGGAUUAAAAAGCGAAGAUCACCAAACGGCAGCGAGAAAUUGCCCAGAUGCGAUGAACGCCUCAUGUAGGCAUCAGCAUGGACAGCUGUGAGUCUCCCGUGGUUUCUGGGAUAGACGAUGGGCUCGGCUCCUCCAGCUCAUCCCAGCAGCACCGAUCGCCACAACCCUGGAACGACCUCUCUAACUCACAGGUCCCUUCCAACAACCGCCCCCCUUCCCUGGACCCCCUGUCUCAAUCUGCUCCUUACCCGUCUCAAAUCCAAAACCUAAACACUCCCCAUGAGGGGCUGAGAGAGCCGCAGUCUCAGCAGCAGCAGCCUAACCUGACAUCACCACGGGCCCAGGUUGACAACUCUGACACAGGACAGCUUCACUUCCAGAGAGAGGGCUUUGAGGGGGAGGAGGAGGAGGAGGAGGAGGAGGAGGAGCAAGAAGGUCUUAGCGGUGCAGAGGAGGAAGAAUCUGAGGAUUUGGACGAAAUGGAAAUUGACAGCUGCUUUCCAAGUCUUCAGCCUUUCCCUGGAAUGCCGAUGGCUCCAGGGGGUGGAGGGAUGCCCACUCUUCUGCGACAGCAGCCCCCACAACCAAGGGGUACAGCUGAGAGUGGGAGUGAAGACGGGGAGGAGGAAGAGGAAGAGGAGAACAGUGAUGUGGAGAACCUAGCUGGAGAGAUAGUGUACCAGCCAGACGGCUCAGCCUACAUAGUUGAGAGUCUCAGUCAGUUGAUCCAAAGCGGUGCCAGUACGGUGCCCGGCUUGAUUCCCUCAAACUCUCUCACCAGUGGGGGAAAACCAGGAGAGCCUGCUGGGUCUUCAUCAUCGGUCUACCCUCAGAUCAUUAACACCUUCCACAUAGCCUCGUCCUUCGGGAAGUGGUUUGGAAAUUCAGACCAAGGUUUACCCAAUACCUCAACCCUGGCAGGCCUGAGUCCUGUCCUGCACAGUUUCCGUGUUUUUGACGUGCGGCACAAAAGCAACAAGGAUUACCUGAACAGUGACGGGUCUGCCAAGAAGUCCUGCGUAUCCAAAGAUGUUCCCAACAACGUGGAUUUCUCCAAAUUUGAUGGGCUAGCCCUCUAUGGCAAAGGAAAGCCCAUUCUCAUGUGUUUUAUCUGCAAGCUGUCCUUUGGCUAUGCGCGUUCCUUUGCCACUCACGCUGUCCAUGAUCACCGUAUGACACUGUGUGAGGAUGAGCGCCGGCUACUGGGGGACAAGCAAGCAUCUGCCAUUAUCCAGGGCAUUGGGAAGGAUAAAGAACCCCUUAUCAGUUUCCUGGAACCAAAAAAUAAGACUUCUCCUCCACCGCCCGGCCUGCUUCCUAUCAACUCUGGCCAGAGUUUCUAUGGAACCUUCAGUGGUGUCCAUCUAGAGUCUGGAUGCAGCAGUGGUGGAGUAGACGCCCUGUUGGAUGAGGAUCCUGACUCUGGCCUCGAGCCACAGCAGCAACAAAUCCAACAGAGCUCAGUCCUUUCCCUUGGAGGACUGGGUAAUCCCAAAGCACCCACUCUUACCUCUACCCCAGGCUCUGCCAAAGACUCCAGCGCCCUGCCCAAACAGGGAGGGAGAACAGAGGGGCCUGGUGGUAAAGAGGGGACAUUUAAGGGUGGGGAACGGGAUGUAGAUGGAUGUGAGAGCAAAUUUUGCCUUUCAGGCCAGGUGGGUGGUUCAGAAGAGGAAGAGGAACUGUUGGGUGAGGUUGACGAUGAGGUGGAAGAGGAUGGCACUGGGGUAGCCUGUGGUGGCAACAGUAGCAGCGAUAGAGGUGACAUGGGGGAACCGGCUGACUCAAACCAAAGCAUUUCCAAAUCUCCUUUAUUAAUGCCUAGUAGCGCUCUCCAGCCUUCUGUCUGCACCACUGCAGUCAGUCCCAUGCUGAACAACAAAGCUCCGGCUUCCACAGCUUCCUCCCUUAAGGAAGACCUUUUAGCUGCAGAUGGUGGGGGAAGGACCUCGGAGCUCCCUCUGAGCUUUAACUGCCAGGGGCCCACUGUCCCCAUGGCAAUGGCGGCAGCUGCCGUCAGAGGGAGUGAGGACAAUGCAGCCGGCACCUCCUCCUCACCUCUGGCCUCCAGCGUUGCCGCUGACGAAAGUGCCAAUCGAGAUAGUGCCACAGCGCCAGAACCAAAUGAUUGCCCAGCAGAGGGGGAAGAGGAGAAUGGAGCCCUCCUGCACCAUCAUCACAUGCACCACCAUCUCCACCACCUCCACCCCUCGUCCCAUGCUCUCAACCUCCAAGGGGGGCCCUGUGACAUGACGGGGAUGGGUGAGUGUUCCCAAAACCAUGGGCCUGGAGGCGCCGGAGGAAGUGGGGUUGAAUGCCCAAAAUGUGAUACCGUUUUAGGCUCCUCGCGUUCCUUGGGCGGUCACAUGACCAUGAUGCACUCCCGCAACUCCUGCAAGACACUCAAGUGUCCUAAGUGCAACUGGCAUUACAAGUACCAGCAGACCCUGGAGGCUCACAUGAAGGAGAAGCACCCAGACUCGGGGGGCUCCUGCAUGUACUGCACCAGUGGUCAGAGUCACCCACGUCUGGCCCGCGGAGAGAGUUACACUUGUGGCUACAAGCCCUUCCGUUGUGAGGUGUGCAACUAUUCGACCACCACCAAGGGCAACCUGAGCAUCCACAUGCAGUCAGACAAGCACUUGAACAACAUGCAGACGCUGCAGAACGGUGGCACUAUUUGCUCUUCUCAGGAGCAGGUGUUUGGGCAUACCCCAGGCGGGGUAGUGGCGGUUCCGUCGGUGACCCAGGUCAGCAGCCAUCACCCCGUCCAUCAUCAUCACCCGACGCAGUCCUCGGCCCACAUGCCCGGGCCGUGUGGAGCCCCCUCGCCCACAAAGCCCAAAAGCAAGCCGACGUGGCGCUGCGAGGUGUGUGACUACGAGACCAACGUGGCGCGGAACCUCCGGAUCCACAUGACCAGUGAGAAGCACAUGCACAACAUGAUGCUGCUCCAGCAGAACGUGACCCAGAUGCAACACGGCCGACUGGGCCUGGGAGCUAUGCCCUCGCCCUCUGAGGCCGAGCUAUACCAAUACUACCUGACCCAGAACAUGAGCCUGCCCCCGGGCCUGAAGAUAGACCCGGCCGGAGCUGAAGCCCAGUUCCUGAUGGGGGGCUUCCACUUGGAUCCCAACAUGGCUGCUUUGGCCCCUGCAUUGGUGGGCGGAGACAUCCCCAUGGACGUCCGGCUGGGCGGCGGUCCGCUGGUGUCCGAGGAGCUGAUGUCUCUCGGGGAGAACCUCUCUGCCACGGGGGACCCCUCUCUCAAGCUCUUCCAGUGCGCCGUGUGCAACCGCUUCACCACGGACAACCUGGAUGUACUGGGCAUGCACAUGGGAGCCGAGCGCAGCCUGCCGGAGGAGGAGUGGCGCGCGGUGGUGGGGGACUCGCACCAGUGCAAGCUGUGCCGCUACACCACCCAGCUGAAGGCCAACUUCCAGCUGCACUGCAAGACGGACAAGCACGUCCAGAAGUACCAGCUGGUGGCCCACAUCAAGGAAGGGGGCAAGGGCAACGAGUGGCGCCUCAAGUGCGUUGCCAUCGGCAACCCGGUGCACCUCAAGUGCAACGCGUGCGACUACUACACCAACAGCCUCGACAAGCUGAGGAUGCAUACCGUCAACUCUCGCCACGAGGCUAGCCUCAAAGUGUACAAGCACCUGCAGCAGCAUGAACACGCGGUGGAGGGCGAGGCCUGCUACUACCACUGCGUGCUGUGCGGCUACUCCACCAAGGCCAAGCUCAACCUCAUCCAGCAUGUGCGCUCCAUGAAGCACCAGCGCAGCGAGAGCCUGCGGAAGCUCCAGCGCCUGCAGAAGGGCCUGCCGGAGGAGGAGGAGGACCUGGGCACCAUCUUCACCAUACGCAAAUGCCCCUCGUCCGACACAGGAGAGCUGAGCGAGGAUGUGGAGGCUGCUAGUGAGACUACCACAGACCAGGAGGACCAAACCAAAGACAGAGAGAGUGGGGGGGAUAAGGACCUCACCAAAGGGACAGCAUUGUCCAUCCAGUUGGAAAGGGAGCAGACGGAUUCUCCCAUCCCUACCAAGAGGCCAUCCUCGCGGUCGGAGCCUGUCGAGAGCCCCCUCUCCUCCAAGCGGCCCAGGACCACUGAGAAGAGCAGUGCGGAGCAGAUGUACCAGUGCCCUUACUGCAAAUUCACCAACACUGACCUGAACCGUCUCAGAAUGCACGUGAUGACCCAACACUCUGUCCAGCCCAUGUACCGCUGUCCGCUGUGCCAGGACAUGCUCAACAACAAGGUCCACCUGCAGUUCCACCUCACACACCUGCACAGCGUGGCGCCUGACUGUGUGGACAAGCUCAUUGCAACGGUCACAGCAAGCGAAGUGUUGCCAGCAAGCAUGUUCAUACCUGUACCGGGACCAGACAGGGAGGCCCAAAGUGCCUCGCAGUCGACAUCCAACGCUGAGGACUUCAAGAAACAAAUGGAUGCAUCAGAUGCGGAGCCAGAAAAGGGGGUCUUGCCAACUGAAAUUGGUGAAUCUCACAAGUUACCUUUAGAUGAGCAACAGACAGGGAGGGACGAUGCCACUGGAUUCUUAUGCUGGAAGAAAGGCUGUAACCAAGUCUUCAAGUCUUCCAACUCCCUACAGCAGCACUUCAACGAGGUCCACAAUAAGAGGCCCCAACUGCCCGUUUCGGAUCGCCAUGUCUACAAGUACCGCUGUAACCAAUGCAGCCUGGCGUUCAAGACGGUGGAAAAGCUGCAGCUCCAUUCUCAAUACCAUGUGAUCAGGGCAGCCACGAUGUGCUGCCUCUGCCAACGCAGCUUCAGAACCCUGCAGGCCUUGAAGAAACAUUUGGAAACCAGUCAUCUAGAGCUGAGUGAAUCUGACAUACAGCAGCUCUAUGGCGGCUUAUUAAUGAAUGGAGAUCUCAUGGUCAUGGGUGACCCAUCCCUUGGAGAAGAGCAUGGAAUCCUCGGGGACGAUGACAAAGAUGGAGAGGAAAGUGACCUGGAAGAAAAGCAAAGCCCAACCGGUAGUGACUCGGGCUCGUUGAUGGAAGAUUGUGGAUCUGAACCUAAGCGAGCCUUGCCAUUCAGGAAGGGCCCCAACUUUACGAUGGAGAAGUUUCUGGAUCCAUCUCGCCCCUUUAAGUGUACUGUAUGCAAAGAGUCAUUCACACAAAAGAAUAUACUACUAGUUCACUAUAACUCGGUCUCCCACCUGCAUAAAGUGAAGAGGGCCCUUCAGGAGUCCACCACCGGUCAACCUGAGCCCACCAGUAGUCCUGACAACAAGCCAUUCAAAUGCAGCACCUGUAACGUGGCCUAUAGCCAGAGUUCCACUCUUGAGAUACACAUGCGCUCUGUCCUGCACCAGACCAAAGCCCGGGCGGCAAAGCUUGAAGCAGCUGGAGGCAGCACUAACUCGGCAACAGGCGCUGGAUCAAGUGCAAGUGGAUCUAGUAUCAACACUUCCACGCCUAGCCCCAGUCCAGCCACCAACACAACGACAAGCUCUAGCAACCACAGCUCUUCGGGAUCGCAUAAUUCCCUGAAUCUUCACGGCGGGAACCACAUGAGCCACUCCCACAAAAUGGAAAGCCUAGGUAAUUCUUCAAUGAGCCGUUCGUCGCCGUCUGAGAAUCAAGAGGUAAAGAAGAAGAAAUUUGCAGACAUGCUGUCCGCUAGGGGUCAACAGCAGCAGCUUCAGCAGCAGCAGCAGCAGUUGGUGCAGGCUCAAGCCCAAGCUCAGGCCCAGCUCCAACAAGAGCUCCAGCAGCAAGCUGCUCUCAUCCAAUCACAGCUCUUUAAUCCUGCACUUCUGCAACACUUCCCCAUGACAACUGAUGCUCUCCUCCCUCUGCAACAACAACAGUUGCUCUUCCCUUUCUAUAUCCCUGGAGCAGAGUUCCAGCUUAAUCCUGAGAUCAACCUCAGUAGCUCGGCACUUGGUCUGGCUGGCUCGUCCACUUCCUCCCUGCUGGAGGACCUAAAGAACUCAGCCCAACAGGCUCAGCAAAGUUGUCUCCAGCAGCAGCUAAUGCAUCAUCAUCUUCAGCAGCAGCAGCAACAACAACAACAACAACAACACCACCACCAACAACAACAGCAGCAGCAACAGCAACAACAACAGCAGCAGCAGCAGCAGCAACAACAGCAGCAACAACAGCAGCAGCAACAUCAGCAGCAACAGCAGCAGCAGCAGCAACAGCAGCAGCAGCAGCAGCAGCAGCAACAACAGCAACAGCUGCAACAGCAGGCGCACCAACAGGUUCAAGGACAGAUGGCUCUGCUACAACAAAAUGCUGCUCUUCUUCAACAGGUUGAGAAAAAACAGAAGCAUUCUUCUAACCAUGAGAAAGAAAGAGAAAUGCACCGAGAUAGAGACACUAGUGAAAAAAAUGAGGAGCACGUCAAAAGGGACUCUAUGGACAACAAGGCAAGAGAGAAGAAGGAUGCAGCACAGUCUUCAGUAAAUACAAACCAUGACCCUGGGUUCCCUCCUCCAAGGAUUGCUUCAGAUGCUCGUGGAAAUGCAACUAAAGCCCUACUGGAGAACUUUGGGUUUGAAUUAGUGAUUCAAUACAAUGAAAACAAACAGAAAGCUCAAAGAAAGCUACCUGCACCUGGAGCUGCCGCUUCCAAUGGUCCAAGUGGGAUAACAAGAGUGGACCCCAGUGAAGGAUUAGAGAAACUAGAAUGUGAGGCCUGUGGCAAAUUGUUCUCAAACAUUCUGAUUCUGAAGAGUCACCAGGAACACAUCCACCAGGCCUUCUUUCCAUUUCGAUCCCUCGAGAGAUUUGCUAAGGAAUACAGAGAGCAGUAUGAUAAGCUCUAUCCACUGAGACCCCCGACACCAGAAACGACACCUGCUCCUCCACCACCCCCGCCCCCACCUCCCCCUCCUCCACCACCUCCACAGCGGGCACCAACACCAAAUAUCCCUGUCUCUGCUGCCUCCCACACACCUCCAACCAUACCACCCCCACAGCCUCAAGUUUCCAUGGCACAGAUGCAGAUGCAAAUGGAGCUUCCCCUCUUUUCACCGCUAAUGAUGCAGUCCAUGUCUCUUCAAUCUUUGCCUCAGAUGUCAGCUGUUGAGCAAAGCCUGGCCUCAGAACUGGCCCAGCUUUAUCAACAACAGCUCACGCCAGCAAUGCUACAGCAACAGCAGAACAAGAGGCCUCGGACACGUAUCACAGAUGACCAGCUUAGGGUCCUGCGACAGUAUUUCGAUAUCAACAACUCCCCAAAUGAAGACCAGAUUAAAGAAAUGGCGGACAAAUCAGGACUUCCUCAAAAAGUUAUCAAGCACUGGUUCAGAAACACAUUGUUUAAGGAGCGCCAGCGGAACAAAGACUCACCCUAUAAUUUCAACAAUCCACCAAUAACAACUCUAGAGGAGACCAAAAUUGACUCAAAACCCCCAUCCCCUGAGCCUCAGAAACAUGAAUGCUAUGGAAGUAAGAGGUCUUCAAGAACUAGAUUUACUGACUACCAACUGAGAGUGCUUCAGGAUUUCUUUGAUGCCAAUGCCUAUCCAAAAGAUGAUGAGUUUGAACAGCUCUCCAACCUACUCAGCCUUCCAACUCGUGUGAUCGUAGUUUGGUUCCAAAAUGCUCGUCAGAAGGCGAGAAAGAAUUACGAGAACCAAGGUGAUGGUGCAAAAGAUGGAGAGAGGCGCGAGUUAUCCAAUGAUCGGUAUAUUCGCACUACCAACUUGAAUUACCAGUGCAAGAAGUGCAGCCUAGUAUUUCAGCGUAUAUUUGACCUAAUAAAACAUCAAAAGAAGCUGUGCUACAAAGAUGAAGAUGAGGACGGGCAAUAUGACAGCCAAAACGAGGAUUCAAUGGAUCUUUCACAUGAAUACUAUACCCCCUCUGGCUCAUCUUGCCAUACUCCAAUGCCCUCCUCCUCAAGCCUUUGCCCCCUCCCACCCUCAACUUCGGCAUUCUCCAACCUACCUUCUGCAGAGAAGGAGGAGGCAUCCCCUGCCAACACGUCCAACCUGUAUGAUGAAAAGCCAAAACAGUUACCUGAAAUGUCUGUAGAUCUAAGGGAAAACCAAACUACUAUCAAGCAAGAAAUUAUCCAUCCACCCCAAUCUGAGCCACAGCAUCACAGGUCUCAGCGGGAGGAGAAGAGUCAAACAACAGCUAAAGCCACCAAACAUUCGUCUUCUUCCUUCUCACACCAACAGCACCAGAGUAGCUCCUCGGCUUCUCUGACAAGUCAGGCACCCUCUCAAAGCUCUCACAUGAGCCUUAACCAACACCUCUCAUCCGCCUCCCAGCAACUGGCACAGCAGAUGAUCCCUUACCAGUGUGAGCAGUGCAAGAUUGGCUUUCCCUCAUUUGAGCACUGGCAAGAACACCAGCAAUUACAUUUCCUCUCCGUUCAAAACCAAUUCAUUCACCCUCAAUUCCUGGACCGUCCAAUGGACAUGCCUUUCAUGCUAUUUGAUCCCAGCAAUCCUCUCUUGGCGAGUCAGCUACUAUCCGGUGCAAUGUCACAGAUUCCAAGCAGCUCUGCAACCUCUCCAUCUACUCCCACCUCCACCAUGAACUCUCUGAAAAGGAAGUUAGAGGAGAAAGCAGGCACUAGCCCAGGGGAGAAUGACAGCAACAACAGUGGUGAGGAGCCACACAGAGAUAAACGCCUUCGGACUACAAUUACUCCUGAGCAGCUUGAGGUUCUUUAUCAAAAGUACCUUUUGGAUUCAAAUCCAACACGCAAAAUGCUGGACCACAUAGCUCAUGAAGUUGGACUCAAGAAGAGGGUUGUACAAGUCUGGUUCCAAAACACUAGAGCCAGGGAACGCAAAGGACAGUUUCGAGCAGUAGGACCAGCUCAGGCCCAUCGUAGGUGCCCUUUUUGCCGAGCUCUAUUCAAAGCAAAGACUGCCCUUGAAGCACACAUUCGCUCCCGUCACUGGCAUGAGGCAAAGCGUGCCGGCUACAAUCUAGCUCUGACUGGCAUGCUCCCUGACCAAGAUAUGUUGCAAUUGAAGAUGGAUCCACUAGAUAUCUCAAGCUACUCUCAACUUGCGGUAGCUAACAAUGAUGGACAAAGCUCUUCACUGUCACCAGUGAGUAAAUCCAUGGAUUUGUCUCCAAGGGGCCUGUUGAGCCCUUCAUCCAUCAAAGUUGAGGGAAUGGAGGAUUUUGAAAGCCCAACCAUGUCCUCUGUAAACCUGAACUUUGACCCGAGUAAACUUGACAACGAUGACUGUUCUUCAGUGAACACAGCCAUCACAGACACAACCACUGGUGAUGAAGCUAAUGCUGACAAUGACAGUGCAGACACAAAACAUGGCCAAAAUAGUGGCGAAUAUAUGUCUAAGACCGGGGGUCCAGCCCCCUUCAUUGAAAAUGAUGACCAGAUGUCCUCUGGCCUGGUAAGUCCAGCCACAAGCUAUUAUGCUAAGGACUAUGAAAAUGAGAAUAUCAUUGAUUACAGCGAGACCUCAAGUAUGGCCGAUCCCUGCUCCCCUAGCCCAGGAGCUUCAGGCAACAGGAGUAUUGACAGUGGAGACCGCCCUGGGCAAAAACGCUUCCGAACUCAGAUGACAAAUCUACAGCUGAAACUGCUCAAGUCCUGCUUUAAUGACUAUAGGACUCCUACCAUGCUUGAAUGUGAGGUACUUGGUAAUGACAUUGGCCUACCAAAGAGGGUGGUGCAGGUGUGGUUUCAAAAUGCCAGAGCAAAAGAGAAGAAGGCAAAGCUCAGCAUGGCCAAGCAUUUUGGAAUAAAUCACACAUCCUAUGAGGGCCCUAAGACUGAAUGCCCGUUAUGUGGAAUCAAGUACAGUGCUCGCCUCUCUGUCCGUGACCACAUAUUCUCUGCGCAACACAUCUCUAAAGUUAAGGAUACCAUUGGACAUCAGCUAGAGAAGGAGAAAGAAUACUUUGACCCUGCCACAGUCCGUCAACUAAUGGCUCAACAAGAAAUGGACCGCAUUAAGAAAGCAAAUGAAGUAUUGGGACUUGCACAGCAGCAGGCAAUGACGCAGCAAGGGAUGUUUGAUAACCCAGCAAUGCAGGCUCUGAACCUGCAGUCUGCUUAUCCAAAUUUGCCAGGGAUGCCACCUGUUCUCUUGCCAGGGGUUGGUAGCCCUUCUCUUCCCAGCUUUAACUCUUCAAAUUCAGCUUUAACUCCUCCGAAACCUACAAACAUCCUGAACAUGCCUGGUGCCAGUGUUCCCUCACCUAGUUUACCCACAUCUGGAUUACCUAGCAAGCCUUCCUCUUCAUCCUCCUUGGCUUCAUCCAGUCCAGCGCAGACCAGCACAUCCGUCUCCCACUCAAGCCUCACUUCAACCGCCACAUCUACAUCCACUUCUUCAGCUGUCCCGACAGGCCCCCGACCUGAUCCUCCCAAAGAGCGUGACCCUGAGAGAUCAAGAGAGAAGGAGAAGCCCAAGGAAAAGGCGGAGAAGUCGGCAACACCCUCUUCAACCGGAAGCACCCCAGCUCCUUCCACUUCAGCUGCGAGUGCCAGGAAAGAGAAACCAGACACGGCUGUGCCUGCUACGUCUAUGCCUACACCUGGUAUGGAAUAUGUGGUAGAUCCGGCCCAGCUUCAGGCACUGCAGGCUGCAUUGGCAUCCGACCCCACAGCCCUCCUCACAAGUCAGUUCCUGCCCUACUUCAUGCCUGGCUUUUCCCCCUAUUAUGCCCCUCAAAUGUCUGGAGCUCUUCAAGGAGGCUACCUGCAGCCAAUGUAUGGUAUGGAAAGCCUAUUUCCAUACAACCCUACAUUGUCACAAGCAUUGAUGGGCCUUUCACCAGGGUCACUGCUGCAGCAUUACCAGCAAUAUCAGCAGAGCUUACAGGACGCACUACAGCAGCAGCAGAGGCAGCUUCAGCAGAUCCAGCAACCCAAAGCGAGCCAAACCCCCGCCCCCUCUCAACCCUCGGGGGAUCGCAAAGAAUCUUCCAAAGAUUCAAGCAAGACAGUGGAGCAUAAAGGCAAAUCCCAUAGCGAAAACUCCUUCAACAAUAAAGGUCCCUCAGACAAGAAAGGGAUGGAUGGCAAAGUUGUGGACUCCCUCGUAGACCAGUACAUAGUCCCCAAGGCACAGUUCAAGCUGGCCUGCCGCAAGUGUCAAGCAGUUUUCACCAAGGAAGAAGCAGCCCUUACCCACCUUAAGUCUAUCUGUUUUUUCGGUCAGUCUGUGGCAAACCUUCAAGAGAUGUUGCUGCGUGUCCCUAGUGGCGCAGAGUCUGGGAGUCUCUAUGACUGCCUCGCUUGUGAUACCACAUUGGAUGGGGAGAAAGCACUCAGUCAACACCUGGAGUCGGCAUUGCACAAACACAGAACAAUCAAGCGGUCAGCCAGAAAUGCCAAAGAGCACGCUACUAGUUUAUUACCUCACUCUUCAGCCUGCUUCCCCAGUCCUAACACCGCAUCUACCUCGCAGUCUGCCACUCAUCCCAUCAGCAGCCCCUCUACCCCGCCAACAUCAACAUCCACCAUGCCAUCCUCUGCCGUUCCUUCUUCCCUGUGUUCAUCUUCUACGACACCGCUCGUCACCACAGCUGCCGGUAAACCCUGGUCCCAGGCCCCUUUCUCUAGAGCUUUAGCUGGAAAGCCCAAUGCCACUCCCUCCUCUUCUUCCGCCUCUUUUCCUUCAGUGUCCUCCCCUUCAACGGUUACCUCAAGUUCAUUGAGCACCUCAGGAGUUCAGACCUCGAUACCAACAGACGUCUUUACAGACGAGUCUGACUCUGACAGCAGUCAGAAGUCAGCAGACAGGCUGGGUAGGACAACGGAGGAGCCACAACAGCCUGGCUGUGUCAAAGACAGUAGUAGUUGUAGUAGUAAUCUUGCUAGUGUAGGAACAGACUCCAUCAGAUUGUAAAAGAGCUUUCAGUGAUGGACAAUAUUUAAAAAAUACAAAAGACAAAAAAAACACAAACGGAAAAAAACAAAAAAAAAAGCAGCAAUGUUAAAAUACAUUUAAAAGUAUACAAACCAAUUUCAGAAAAAAGAUGUGUAAAGACUAACUGCAAUUCCAAAGCUUGUAACCAAAAAUUUUAAUGUUAGUGGAUUGUUUUCCCAUAUCAACAUGCUGGUUUCAUUUUUUUUUUCUGUCAACUGAAAUACAUGAUAAUAAUAUACAAGGAUAGAAAACAAAAGUCACUGCAAUUAGGUUUUGGGUAAUGAUGGAGUGAAAGCUGUACUGUAUGGCAAUGGACUGCCUUUGAAGUUGAUAUAUGGCCCAUAAUCCCUUUUGACACAAUAUAAGACAAUAAGCUAUCCCUUUUUUUGUGUUAUUAAUAUAAAUAUAAUUAUUUUUUAUUGAAUAGCACACACACAAAAAAGCCAGUAUGUACUGUAUGGGAGAAUAGUCUAUCCGUUUUUCAUGCUAUUUAAGCAUUCAGAUACCAAUGGCUUGCAAAGGUAAUAGAAUAAUGUAAUGUCUAUUUUAUUCUCAGGUCAACAGCUCACAGAUGUUUUUUUUUGUUACAGAAAUUCAUGUUUUACACCUUCUGACUGAAGAUGACCAGUUUUUGUUUGGAAAAAUUCGAUUUAACAACAGAAAGUUUUCAAAUUAAUUAUCUUAAAAUUACAAGUUUUUGGGCAUUCAAAAAGGAUACUUAAUUGUCUGAUUUGACAUUUGUGCUUUAAAAGGUUGGGAAAUUAUCAAUUUCAUUAUCCAGACAUAGGGAGCAUUGCAGACACGAUGGGCGAUAAAAAGAUUUUUGAUGAUAAAAAAAACUUUCUGUAUUUAUUAUAGAUAUGAACAUUUUUGGUGUUAAGUAGAUUGUUGCAUUGGAACUGAAUUUAACAGUAUGGUAGAAUGAAAAAAAACUGUGUACAUUUAGCUUUUGUAUUGUCCAACUUUAAGACGCUUCAUUUGAUGUUGUCUUGGUCAUUCCAAUAGACUAGAUUAUGGACAGGUAAUUUAUCUAAACUUUAUUUCUGUCUUAGUCUCAGCUUCAGGGCAAAUGUUCACCCAAAUGCCCAUCGUUGGCAAGGCAGGAUCCUUUGUUUUAAAAUCAUUUCAGUUCUAAGGAUCAGUUGGUAUGACACUUACUAAUAAGAAAAAGGUCCUGGAUGAAGUGUUCAUUUUUUUUUUAUCUUUGUGCACUUAUCCCUGUCUUCACUCCUAUUUCUCACUCGAAAUUGUUACUCUUUUUCCGCACUUAUUUUUGCUCCAACUGUUCUGUAGAUAUUAAGAAAGCUACUGCUCCUUAUACACUACAAAACAGGUUCACGUAGUGUGGCUACAGUCUUUCCCAACUUUAAUUUCACUUAAACUUUUAUUUUAUUGUCAUGAAUGAAAAUGAAAAAAGAAACCAAUAAUAAUUCUCACGCUUUAAACAAAAAGAAAAUCCAAAGACUAAACACUUUCACCAUUGGUGCAUAAAGAUGAGAAAGAGGCUUCUUUAUACUUGAGAAUUUGUUGCUGUUUUUAGGAAAGGAAACAAAGUUUAAAAAGAUAAAGAGGUACGCAUCAGAGUUGCCGUUCUUGCUUCUUUGCAAGCAAACAGGUGGCUUUUUUACGUAAAUACCAAGAAUACCAAAAACCAAAAAGGGCCCUUGUCCUGCAUUGUGGAGUAGCACCGUUACAGAGCCAUUGCAGUUUGUAAGAUAAAGGUUAUUAAUCUUUGUUUGACUUUUAUGUCACAUUCAAAAGUCCAUUUUUUUAAGAAAAUGUAUAAGGUCUGGUCUUCGAAGACGUACGUUUUGCUGCUAAUGUAGUAUUUUGAAAGAAAAAAAGUAACUAGAUGCAUGGUCAUUUUGCUUUUGGCGAAGCUUUAACUAAAACAAUAAACCAAUUUCCUGCCUCUGUGACACCUUUUUCUUUCUCUUGUUGCAAAAACGGAACUUUGAAGACUGUGAAUAUAUGUUCCAAUGGACAUUUUGCAGAUUUUCGUUUUGAACAGACCAAUGUUUAAAGCCAAUGAUCUAUAACGUUUGUAAAGAACAGUGCAUUCCAAAUAUCACAAUGGAUUUUUUUUUCUUACGCAAGGACUGAUUUUAUUGUUUUCAAUUGUCAUGAUAUAUUUUUUUGCUAACUUCUAAAGUGACUGUAAGCUGUUGUGUAAAUUUAGCAUCAUGGGUUGCUAAACAAAGUGAACUAGAUAUGUCAUUUUGUGCUGGCAGAAUACAUCCAUCCAGUUUAAGGUUCUUGCUCACGUGCAAGUAAUAGUGGUUACCAAAAAAUGUAUAUAAUACAUCUGGUACUGAUGCGUCUUAUGAGUUGUGUCACCAUGCCUGUCAACUUGCAACUAGUCUCAGAAGGAAUUUCUUUUAGGGGCCUUUUGCAAGUGGUUGCCAAUUCCUUGGAAAUCCACUUGUCAUUUGCCCAGGAGCCUGAAGGGUGCCACUUUCGUGCAAAAUAAAGGCUUACAGGUUUGUAGGGAUAUCUUCUUUCCAAAGCAUUAUGUAUGGAAAUAGCAGGAGGUUUUUGGAAGGUUUCCCUUGAUUCAAAAAUAGUAUUUCACGCUUUCAUGUCCAAAGAAGUCGACCACCACACAAUGAUGGGUAUGGAUAUGCUUCAUACCGUCUCAAAGAACACCCACUUUACUUUACUUUUCUUUUUACCAAAACCAAUAUUUAAAUGUCUUUAAGAACCCUUUCUUUGGCCACAAAUGUAUAGCAGAGUGAAAUUGCCCUAUUAAAUCCUUUGCGCGAUCUCAGAGUUGUGUUUUAAGUGUUACGUUUUUAAGACCAAUGUGAUUCGAUGCUGACACCUCAGCAUGCUUUUGAAAUUGUAUUCAUUUAGUGUGGAAGCUUGCCACUUCUCUUAAGUCCUGUUCUCUAAAAUAUUGUUCAUAUGUAAUUUCUUAUUUUUGAGAAUUCUAAUGUACAGUUUCUUGCUUGAUUUUUGUUUAAUGUUAGACAUGUAUAAUUUUUUAUUUUUUGGGAUCACAUUUUAGUUGAUUACUUAUCACUUAAAUUAACACUAACUUGAAUUGGAUUGACUGAAAUCAAAAAUGCAAACACAUUGUAUUCUAUGACCUGGCCAAUUUAUCUGUCACAAUCUUUUGUAGUGUGUGUAAGUGUGUGCGUGUGUGAGUGUGUGCACGUCACGCAUGCGUCAGUGUGUGUGUGUUUUAAGAGCCAGCAUCUAUUAUUUUAGUAAGUACUUUAUAAACCAAAACCAACUGAAACACAUACCUUGACUAUUAGAAUAAAUGGAAAUUUAGAAAAUCGAAAAUUUAAAAUAACGAUAAAUGAGUAGAAAGAUAAUACCGAAGCACUGAGCAGUUUUUACUUUAAUUGAGAAUACAAAUGUGGCCAAAGCUUUAUGCAGCUGAAACAAAAAGAACAAAAAGAGCCGUGCCCAAAAUGAUUAUGUGUAUAUUUUAUUGUGGCACAAUAGCUUUCAGUGGAUACUGAAAUCCACUGUCUCAAAAUUGGGAGACUUGAUUUAAUGGACAUUUACAGAGCAAGCAAGGACAAGGGUUUGCUGUAGAGGUCAUUUGUUUGCCCACUGUGAAAAUGAACGUAUACCUGUAUACAGAUAGAUAUAUUUAAAACAAGGCAUCAUCUUUUUUUUUUGUUUUUUGUUUUUUGUUUUGAGAUGAAGACAAAUGAAAAUAAAAAUGACUCUGGGAAAGCUUUGGAGAUCUUGUAAAGUGGACAUAAUGAGAGGCUGGGAGCACACCAAAACUGGGCACAGGAGCCAAAGGCAGGAUUACCACAGCUUUAAUGUCACCUCCUUAUUUGAAUAAUGAAAUCUCUGCAAUGGGAAAGGACUCUUGAACCAAUGAAUACGUGUGACACAGGGAGGACCGUCUUUCGAUUAAACUGAACCUGCAGUGGCCCCAGCUGCAACCCCCCCCCAACCAACUACACACACACACACACCCACCCACCUUUGUCUCUUUGUUUCUCAAGCUCUGCCUCUGGUUCUGCUCUUUGAUGGACGUUUGCCUCACUGAGGAACGGGAUGGACAGAGAUGCUUGCGUACUUUCUCCCCGAUUCACAUCGUUGCUACUACCUGUUUGAUUUCCUUGUACUUGUCUCUGGUUGACAUGUAGAACUCUUCAAGUCAAAAGGAGGGCCCACCCUCCCCUCUGUGCGUCACUCCAUGGAAAUAGAGGAAUGAACAACAGAGAAAGGGGAGGCGACCCUUACCACUGUCAUUCUUCUUAAAGAGACGGUGAAACACAAAAAAAAAGCGUAUCAACCAAAAUGUACAACCAAACUAACAAACAACCAACCAAAACCAUUUGCUCCACCUUGAAAGAUGAACUGUUUCUUGGAGCUCUCUGUUCCUUUUGUGACUUUUGGUGCCACAAUGUUUUUUUAUGCAUUUGUUUUUCUUUUCUUUAUUUUGUUUCCUUGACUUAUUCCUCCUCUGAGCCUCACAAGCAUGGCUCUGUGGCUCCAGGCAGCCCACCCGAGGGUAGAAAAAACAGCCUUGCAAUGUACAAAAAAGAGCAAGUUAAACCAAAAAUGUUGUUCUUGAUGUCUUUUCUAUACUGUAGUCUUGUUAGCUUUUUUGUUACUGUAAUUAUAUGAAGAUUUCCAAACUGUACCAAACAACAUGGAAACUAACAUACAUAAACCACAUGGAACUUCAGACUUUUAAAGAAACUUUUGUCACAAAACCUUGUUGUCCUAGUUAAGUUGAUUGUAGAUGGUAAUUGAAUAUACUCCUUUGAAAAUAUUUCAUCAAGUAUGUUUCUUGCUCAUUGUGAUACAUUAAAAAAAGUAUGAGCAUAAAUCGGCUGGUUUCACUUAUUUUUAGGAUGAUUACAAGGAAUGAACCUGUUUCCCUUUAUAAAAUAGGUCCUUUAAUCCUUUAUCACAGAGGCGCUAGAGUAGUCGCUAACACAGGUGUAUCUCAUUAUGUUCAUUAUGGGCACUGGCCUACCUGCAAACCCAUUGUUGACCUUAAUGAGCUACACCUGUACGUGUCUCUCCCUACUAUUAAACCACUGUGAUCAAGGCCGAUUAAUCACGAUGCAAAUAAACCUCUGCGUUGAUGAGCAAGCAGAGUUUUGGUAAGUGAUUAUGACAGUCUGAAUGACUCUGCACGUGUCUAGGAUACAGUAUUUGUAGUUUGCUCUUUGUUUGCUGUGUUUUUGUUAGCCUUUUCAAAGUUGCGCUUCCUCACUCAAUUAUUUUCACCUCAUGCUAAAUGAUGCAUAAAACAUGGAUACAACUUUUACUGAUAAUAAUAGUAGUAUUUGUAUGAAAUGUAUGAAAAGUCUCUGCCUAUUGUGGGUUACUUGUGUAUAUUUGUAGGAGGAGAAGAUCUGAAUGAAAAGGAAAAACUAACAAAAAACUUCAAGCAUAGAGGUAGCGUUGACGUUUGGAAUCUCUGGAGAGUUUUCACAAAGAACCGUCACAUUUCAAGCAGUCAGCCAGAUCCAUUGGCCAUGUUGAGCCAAUUAACACGCUGGGGCACAUCUCGAAAGAAUUAAAAACACCCUAAUCUGAUCAGUUUAGAAAACCUUCCUUCAUAGGCCUGGACCAGAUGGCACUAAAAACUCCCAUGCCAUGGUGAAACAGGCCAGGCCCAGCCACAGAGUGUGAAAUUAGGUUAGCGCCUGAGUCUAACACAGGCCCCAGGCAAUCUGGGCUCUCAAAAUCAUGCUCUCUUGGCCUUAAGGUGCAUGGCCCUACCAUACAGAUCUUAGGCGCCAUAUUUAAUUAUGAUCCUCUGUGCUUCACAUUUAGUCAAUCAUCAAGUGAGGGAUUGGUGUGACAGACAUCUUUCUAGGGUCGCUUGGCUCUCAGCCCUACCAAUGUACAGCUUAGAUAUUGUAUUCCUCAAAGACUCUGGCCCUGGCAUACGGAAAGUAUUGUCCUCAUGUGUUGAGACCCCUAAAUCUGUGCUGUUGGAAAGGAAAUCACUUUUAGUUUUGCAGUGAUACGAAAACAAAACACGGGAAUGCCGUAGUGUUCAG